UUCCUAUAAGUUGGCUUGCUGUACAGUUUCUUGAGGACAAAACCUUUCCUUUUCGAUCAAGUACGUAGAGAGCAGAGGAGUGCUGUUCAGCUCUGUGUGUGUUCGAGUAGUUUGAUAUGGAGAGCUUGCUCUGCGAUGAGAAAUGGGUCGUGAGCCCUUACUCGGUUUCGGAUCAUCACGCGCGCGAAGCGUUUGAGAACUCGGGCGAUUCAGAGCACGUCUGUCGUGGUGGUUCCUGGUUCGGUAUGACCCAGCAAGACUGUGAUGAGGAGCUUGCCAUUUGCUUGGAGAAGGAGAGGGGUUACAUGCCCGAGUCUGGUUAUGUGGAGUGUCUGGAAGCGAAAGGUUUGGUCUUUGCUAGGACCAGGGUCAUGCAAUGGCUCAUUAAGUGUCGAAGUAGAUUGAAGCUGUCUUAUGGUACGAUGUUUCUGGCUGCGAACUACUUUGAUCGAUUCGUCUCCAUUUGUAAGUGCCAGGAAUGGAAACACUGGAUUGUGGAAUUAGUGUCCAUCGCAUGCUUAUCGGUCGCAUCAAAGUUUAACGAGACCCUUAGCACACUUUCGUUACAUGAAAUUCAGAUGGAGGAUCUGGACCAUUCUUUCCAGUCAAGCACCAUCCAACGGAUGGAGUUGAUGCUGCUCCAGAUGUUAGGAUGGCGUCUGGGUCCCAUCACUGCAUAUUCCUACGUGGAACUGCUGACGUGUAACAGUGACUUCUUGACAUCUCAUCUUCAAGAGCAGUUCAUUACAAAAGUCAAUGACUUGCUCCUCCAUUCGCUUCUGGAUAUCAACUUUGUGGACUUUAGGCCAAGUGUUAUUGCUGCAUCGGCUUUUCAAUGUGGAUUUGACAGUGUAUUUACAUUGUCAUCGACCGUGUGUCUCACUAACUACAUCCGCCAAAUCAUCGGUCAAGAUCAAAGGGAGAUGGAUUUGAUGAAAUGCCAGAAGCUUAUGGAAGUUCAGAUAGCCAGUGAAUGCUUCAGAGCAAUUACUUGCGGGAGUUUCAGCUACUGCCCUUCAAGUCCGGUCACUGUUCUAUUGGCAGAGCGGAUUGAUGUUAAUGACGACCACGUUGAUCUCUCUUUUUCAUGGUGCAAGCAAGGUCAUGCAUUGGCAUCGCCAAAUCGAAGAAGACAAAGAGACUAA